AUGCAGGAGACAUUAGCGGGUAUUUUACGAGCUGUAGAUGUACUGGCAGCAUCUCAGUUGCGACAGGAGCGCAGACAUGAUGAUAGGACCGCUACGGCCCAGGCGUCGCAUUCAGGUACGUCGGGAGCAGGGGACGGUUCAGGUGCUACAGUGCUUAGAGAUUUUAUGGCCUUGCGACCACCAGAGUUUAGUGGAGGCGCUGAUGCGACGGUGGCUGAGGAUUGGUUACUAGCGGUGGAGAAGCAUUUGAGAUCCAUAGACUGUGCAGAGGCCCACAGAGUUCGGCUGGGGACUUUCUUGUUACGAGGUGACGCCGAGCGGUGGUGGGAGACCACCAGACAGAGAUAUGGCGAUGGAGGUCCGUCAUGGGCACAGUUCGUCGAGGCGUUCAAUGAGACCUAUGUACCGGCUUGGAUCAGAGAGCAGAAGGUGUUUGAGUUCAUUGAGUUACAACAGGGCAGUAAGACAGUUACGCAGUAUGAGACUGAGUUCGUGGCAUUAUCUCGUUAUGCUCCUGAUGCCGGCAGUGCGGGCAGAGACACCAGGGGCAGUGUCGGGAGGUACGUCGAGAUGUAUGUUAUCGCUGUGGUCAGCCGGGGCAUUUGA